AUGUUUCGAAGAAAGACUCGGAGCACCCACACCACAGCAUACACCGGAGUCAAUCAACCGGCUCCUGCCAACAACCAACCCAAUUCCAGUGCCGUGGCUGCCGCCUUGACCAUCGGGAAUUCCCUCAAAACAACCGCAGUAAAGCCAAUUACCCAGAAACCUACCCCCAAAUCUACCCAGUCAGCAACCGCCCCUCCUACAAAGACGUAUGGAGGAAGUUUGUUCAAACGAGGCUCGAGAGCAAGCAUAGGGUCAAUGCAACUGAGCCAGUCGCAGCAACCACAACAACCGCCACACACUCCUCACCCAUUCAGAAGAUUUUCAUCGGGUUCAACCGUGACUAAUUCAAGCGCAUACAGUCCUACCAAAGUUCACGAUAUAGAUGACAGUUUUACUGAUUCAUACAUCGACAAUAUCACCGACGAGUCUACGAGAGUGUAUUUGAAGAAUCAACAAAACUUGAAGGAUUUGAAAUUGGAACAUAAGCCAGCAAAGGGCGCAGCAGUUCCUAAAAAGACCUCUUCCACCACCACCACUGCAAAUGUAACACCCAAGAUGGUGAAAAAGUAUAUUCCUACUCCAAAUGGUAUCAAGAUUGUCGAAGUUCCCCAAGAAACCUAUGAUAAGGAAGUAGCCCGUUGUAAUUCUAUGCGUGGUUCUGGAUUCAGUAGAUCCAGUUCUCUUCGUAACGUAUCGAAGCACGUGAAACCAAUUCCUCGGUCUUCUUCAUUGAGUAACGUUACUACUGCAAGAAAAGUAGCACCGAAGCGAUCGGUCUCGGCAAUUACUCCACCAACCAACUUGGAAUCUAUGACAGAAGUUGUUGAUCUCGAAGAUAAGUUGGGUAAGUCCGACGAGAUGAUUGAACAACAACGAAAGUUGGACUUGUUGCAGAAGCAAAUUGAUGAAGAAAAGAAGUUGGCUCAUGAAUUAGAAAUCAAGAAGCAGGAAUAUGAAAGCUUGAAAGCUAAGCGUGUCCAAGAAGAACAAUCAUUGAAUAAAGCAAUCGAAAAAGAAAUCAGCAUGGACAAUGUAGAAGAAUCAACCACUAUCAUCCAACAUGCCGAAGAAGAAGAAACUAAUGGUGAAGUUCUUGAACAUCCCGAACAAGAAACUAACGGUGAUGUUCUUGAUCACUCUUCUGUUGUUGAAAAUACCGAGCAUGCCCUUAUUAUUGAGAAACCGGAAUUAUCUGCUGUCGAUACAUUAAGUGAACAUGACGAAGAAACACAAGCUGUUCACCAAGAAACACCUGUUCCUCCACCAGUGGUUAUAUCCGAGUCUGCUGAUUCCAACAAUUUCCCAAGUUUGGAUCCAGGCGUUAAUGAGCUUGGAAUAAUUAGUCAAUAUGGUAAUUUCAGGUCCAAUGAGUUAUUAGCUAUUGCAAGUCAAGACAGUAAAACAAAAGAGGAAGAAGCACCACCCACCAUAGAAAUGCCUGCUCCAGAAAACUACCUCCAGGAUGAACAAGCUCCACAUGAGCCUAAUAACGAUAACCAUGUCGAACCUCGUGAUUUGAUUGCACCACCUCAUCAUGACAACGCCAGUUCCAAAUCUUCGGUCUAUUCCAACGAGUCACCCGUAAGAAAACCAAUAAAGUCGGCAAUGAAGAACUCUACUUCAUCACUCCCAUCUCAAGGACUUGCCCAAGUUCUUGCCCAACCACAAACUUCAGCUCCUCCUCCAGCAGCCAAGCCUAAAUCCAUUGUUAAACCGAACCCAGCUCAACAAGCCUACCUUUCCCUCACAACGGCCGAAAACACCCGGAUGAACUCAAAACUUUCCCAUAGUGAUCUAAAUGGAGCCUCGGCAUACCCACAGUUCCAUAACCAGAAAUCACAAGUGCCACCACAGAAACGUCUCUCGCAUCAAUCGUUGAGGAAUUCGCAACCACAACCAACCCAACUCUCUCAACAAUCCUUGCGCAAAUCACCACCACCACCAGCCCACCAAAUCAGAACUCUUAGACCAAACUCAAUGCCUAUGGAACCACAAGGCAUGGCCUCAAGACAAUUCAGACAUACACCAGUCCUGAAUGCCGGACACACCAUCGUCCAACCAAUACCACCCCAUCCCACAACUGCCCCAGGGUAUACAUCACCAUCCAAGGCCCGGGCUCAGGAAUUAUACGCCAAGGCUCAAGCUAGACCGAAGUCAGUGUUCAAGCCAACUGCCCAGGAAGCAACCAAGACUCAGAACAAGGAGAAGGCUAUUCUGAACAGAAACACCCGGAUGACAUUGCGUGAUCCUAUGGCACCUAGCGCGACUCAAUCACAUGGGUCGAAACCAUUGGAUUCCUCAGUUGAUACUACGCCAACCAGUGAUUCUGGCAACCGAAGACGAAAAUUCAAGUCACGCUUCGUAGACUCGGAUGAUGAAGAUGGACCUGUGAGACACGCAGGGAACUUCUUUUCUUCUCGAUUCAAUGAUUCUGAUGAUGAACAUUUACAACCUCCCGUCACCGUGCUCCAGGAUGUCAGGGACGUGGAAGUUGCCCCUGCUGCUGCUGCUGCUGCCAAAGAAAAGAAAAAGUUUGGUAAAUUGAGAAAGUUAUUUGGUACCAAGCGAGGCAGUUAG